AUGGCAGCUGCUGAAUCACUGCGACAUGGCCAUGGUGUUCACAUCAUGCUAAUGAUUGGGCUUACCACCGUCACACCGGUAAGCGGUGGAGAAUGGCUUGUAUUUGUGGAGUGCUUAUUUACGAGGCUAGAAAAUAGUGGGAGGAUUUGA